ACCCGUAGAUGGGUAUGAUCGGAUCUAGCAUUCCCUCGCCGUAUUUAAAUUGAACUCGGGAAACUCUGAAAUCAGGAUUUGUCUCCCUCGUCUCCUUGCCGAACAUUCCAUACAGAGAACCACCGAAACGGUUUGCUUGUGAAAAAGUGAGAGAGAGUUUUGAAAUUAAUUCUGGGAAGCAAAGAGAGACUGCCAUACAGAGAGAUGGUGACGUCGCCGGUGGUGAACACUUAUCCUUUGUCCAGCUACACCUUCGGCACCAAGGAGCCGAAGAUGGAGAAGGAUACUUCCGUUGCAGAUCGCCUCGCUCGCAUGAAAGUCAACUAUAUGAAAGAGGGUAUGAGAACAAGCGUGGAAGCUAUCCUCUUGGUCCAGGAACAUAAUCAUCCACACAUACUUCUACUGCAAAUUGGAAACACAUUCUGCAAGCUUCCCGGUGGGCGUCUGAAGCCGGGAGAAAAUGAAAUUGAGGGCUUGAAGAGAAAGCUGACCAGCAAACUAGGUGCCAAUUCACCUGCUUUGGUACCAGAUUGGCAGAUUGGUGAGUGUGUGGCUAUUUGGUGGAGACCAAACUUUGAAACUAUAAUGUAUCCAUAUUGCCCUCCACACAUAACAAAGCCCAAGGAGUGCAAGAAGCUUUUCCUGGUUCACUUGUCUGAAAGGGAGUACUUUGCAGUGCCCAAGAAUCUGAAACUGUUGGCUGUUCCGUUGUUUGAACUCUAUGAUAAUGUUCAGCGGUAUGGGCCAGUCAUAUCAACUAUUCCUCAGCAACUUUCAAGAUUUCAGUUCAAUAUGAUUACCAUGUGAUUUCUCUCUGUGGAUUUCAAGACCCUAUUUCUGGAUGGUAGUGCUGAUAUGUUGUUGGUCCUAACAGCCCUUUUUUUCUCCCCUUUCUCUAUUAUUAUUCGACUUAGUGUCGUAGGAUGGGAACUAGGAAGGUGGUUAGCUGGAAAUUUUUUUAGUUGCUUCAUGUCUGCUGACAUUCAAGUGUCUCUAGAAGGUUCAAGAGUGAUCAACAUUGUUAGACUCUUUGGAGCUCUUAUUGACAUUAAUCUUGCUAUCUAGGUUUGUUGAUGAUGCAUCAUUUUAGUAGUGUUAAAAAUGGGUUGUAUCU